GAGCGCGUCCGCGCCCCGCCAGCGCCGCCUCGGGGCCGCGCGCGCGCAUGCGCAGCGGAGGAAGCGGGAGGGGGGAUGGCGCGCGCACGCGCGGCGCGUUCUCGCGUUGCCCCUGGAAACCGCUGGGGCUGAUGCCCCGAGGUGAGCGGAGACAGACACAGCCUUUCAAGAUGGCGAAGGACCUGGACGAGCUCUUGGAUGAGGUUGAGUCCAAGUUUUGCAGACCAGACCCGCUGAGACUGGGCAUGGCCGAGCGACCCAAAGGCUACGGCGGCGGCAUCCUCAGCCACGACCGGAACCGAGCCGAGGCGGAGGAGAAGCUCAGAUCAACAGAAAGAUUUAAAAAAGAAGAUGAUCUUGACAGUCUUAUUAAUGAAAUAUUUGAAGAUCCCAACUUUGAUAAAAAAUCCUUUAAAUUAAAAUCUAAAUCUUCAGGUAACACAUCUGUCAGAGCUUCCAUUCAAGGCCUCGGUAAAAGUUGCAGCCCCGUGUACCUUGGUGGAAGCACUACGCCGUGCGGAAUUGGAACAGCUACUUCACAGAGAUCAUGUGACCAUCUGCGUUGUACAGCAUGUGAUUUCUGGGUAGUAAGCUACGAUGACUAUAUGUGGGACAAAUCAUGCGAUUAUCUGUUUUUCAGGAACAACAUGCCAGAAUUCCACAAAUUAAAAACAAAGUUGGUAAAGAAGAAAGGAGCACGGGCGUAUGCCUGCCAGUGCAGCUGGAGAACCGUUGUAGAACUGACUGACCUGCAGACGGACCAUCAGCUGCGUUGGGUUUGUGGCGCAACCAAAACAACGUCUUAAGAGAGUGAAUGCAGCAGCAGAUGUGCAAAUCCAGCUGUCUUCUAUCAAGCCAGAGAUUAAAGAGAUUGGCAGAAGUGUGGAACAAA